AUGACCAAAGACUGCAACUUGACCAUCGAGCAUGGAAACGGAACGACCAAUAAAACAUGUGUGAUUCUGUCAAAUUACAUGGUGCUGAAUCACAAAGAAAAGAUGGUCAUUAGCUGGAUCUGCUACCUGACUGGACCCAUCACCUUCCUAGAGAACAUCUUAGUGCUGGUGGUGAUAGGCAGCUCAGCCAGGCUGCGACAGCGGCCGUCAUACCUCUUUAUCGGCAGCCUCGCACUGGCUGACGUCUUGGCCAGCUGCUUCUUCCCCAUCAGCUUUUUGGCUUUCCAUAUUUCCAACUCUUGUGAUUCUCCUAAGACAUACUUGCUCAAGCUGGCUGGUGUCACCAUGGCAUUCACCGGUUCUGUAGGCAGCCUGCUUCUGACAGCGAUGGACCGCUACAUCUGCAUCCACCAGGCCCCAAACUACAAACUGCUGCUGACACAUCGCAGAGCCACACUCGCCAUAGUGGCACUGUGGGCUGUGGCCAUUACAAUCUCCUUCCUCCCUCUGAUGGGCUGGCGGUGCAAACGCAACACAUGCUCCCGUCUCUUCCCUUUCAUCGAUCAGAUCUACCUGUGCUCCUGGACAGGCCUGUUGCUGGCUGUGCUUGUAUUCAUCCUGAUGGCCUAUGCACUCAUCAUGUGGCGAGCGCACCAGCAUGAAGCAAAUAUGAGGACACCACAGGCAAGGAACAUGACCCUGGGCCGACAAGUUCGGAUGCGCUUGGACAUCCACCUGGCUCAGACGCUGGGUCUGAUCCUCCUAAUCUUGGUGGUGUGCUGGCUCCCUGUGCUCUCCUUCAUGGUGGUCGACGUCUUCCAGCAGCUCACCAGAGAGCAGCAGCGAGCGUUUGCCUUCUGCUGCACCCUGUGCCUGGUGAACUCAGCCAUCAAUCCGCUGCUGUAUGCCCUUCGUUGUCGUGAGCUGAGACGGGCAUUCAUGAGGCUGUUGGGGUUCACUGACCGUUUCAGACCAUGGAUGGUAUGGUUGUGGAGUAAGGGUAAUAUAACCUGUAUUUAUAACCAAGGGAGGGGGGAUGGUGAUGGACAGACUGAUAACAAAGAGAGCAAUAUUAGUGCAGGUUCUACUUCUGAAGUCCUAGAAAGUAAGCAACCAGAUUAACUGGACAUUAUGUUGAAAACU